GAGAACUUUCUUCAAAACAAUGUCCUGAACCACUAAGGAAGAUCCUGUCUCAAAAUGCAAAAACACAAAACAGAAGACAGACAAAGGCAGUCUUGUUGCACAACAUCACAGAGCUGAAAUGACAAACAUUCAUGCUAGCAUUUGGGAGCCGAAGGCAGGAGCUGCAGCAGAGAACACACUCUCGCACCCAGGGGCGGACCACAAGAGCUCUCAAGACUUUACUGAUGAAAGCUCAGCAAAUUCUCUACCACAAGUAAGUUUGGCAGCUAACGUGAGACAUUAAUAGGAAAACACCAGAUGCCAGUCUAACGACUACUACCGAAGACAUACAAAUCCUUCAGAAUCUACCAUAAGCAGGCAGCAAAGAGAAAAUGCAAGCCCUGGCCAACGUCACCCCGGCCCCUGGCAACAGCAGCCAGUGCAGCCGAGACUACGCGAUCGCCGAAGCCCUCUUCCCGCUGCUCUACACUGGCCUGUUUUUUGUUGGACUCAUCACAAACAGCCUAGCGAUGAGGAUUUUCUUUCAAAUCAACAGUAAAUCCAACUUCAUUAUCUUCCUUAAGAACACUGUCAUUUCUGAUCUUCUCAUGAUUCUGACUUUUCCGUUCAAAAUACUUAGUGACGCCAAGCUAGGCCCCAGGCCUCUGAGGGCCUUUGUGUGCCAAGUCACCUCCGUUGUAUUUUACUUCACAAUGUACAUCAGCAUUUCCUUCCUCGGACUGAUAACGAUUGAUCGAUACCAAAAGACCACCAGGCCGUUUCACACUUCCAGCCCCAGGAACCUCCUGGGCGCUAAGAUUCUGUCUGCUGUCAUCUGGGCCUUCAUGUUCUUACUUUCUCUGCCUAACAUGAUUCUUACCAACAGGAGGCCAAGAGACAUUCACGUGAAAAAAUGUUCCUUCUUCAAGUCAGAAUUUGGUCUGGUCUGGCAUGAAAUAGUCAAUUACGUCUGUCAAGUCAUUUUCUGGAUUAACUUCUUCAUUGUCAUUGUCUGCUAUACUCUCAUUACCAAAGAGCUCUACAGGUCGCAUGUGAGGACCAGGGCUGUAGGGAAAGUCCCCAGGAAAAGGGUGAGUGUCAAGGUUUUCAUCAUCAUUGCUGUGUUCUUUAUUUGCUUUGUUCCUUUCCAUUUUGCCCGAAUUCCCUACACCCUAAGCCAGACCCGAGACGUCUUCGACUGUGCUUCGGAGAACACUCUAUUCUACGUCAAAGAGAGCACUCUGUGGUUAACAUCUUUAAAUGCAUGCCUGGAUCCAUUCAUCUAUUUUUUCCUUUGCAAGUCCUUCAGAAAUUCCUUGACAGGCAUGCUGAAGUGCCCCAAAUCUAGAACCUCAUUAUCCCGAGAAAACAGGAAAAAAGGACCGGAUGGCAGUGACCCAGAGGAGACUCCAAUGUAAAGAAAUUCCAGAGAACUGCUGUUCUGCUGGGUUCCGGUUCCUUAAAUACAUCGACAAUGACUUAGAAACC